AUGCUCCCUGUGGACGGCUCCGCGCUGUGUGGGGACUGUGUGGAGAAGGAAUAUCCCAAUCGGGGUAACACUUGUCUGGAGAAUGGAUCUUUCUUGCUGAACUUUACAGGUUGUGCAGUGUGCAGUAAGCGGGAUUUUAUGCUGAUCACAAACAAAUCUUUGAGAGAGGAAGAUGGAGAAGAAAUAGUUACCUAUGAUCAUCUGUGUAAGAAUUGUCAUCAUGUAAUAGCCAAACAUGAGUAUACUUUCAGUAUCAUGGAUGAAUUUCAGGAGUACACCAUGCUGUGCAUGUUAUGUGGCAAAGCUGAAGACACGAUCAGUAUUCUCCCCGACAAUCCCCGACAAAUGACCUUGUUAUUCUAAGGAUCCUUCUGCAGUUCUGUUGUGACUGUGUUGGGCUGGUUUGC